AUGGGAGUAGGGACUGGUUCCGGGAACGUUGCCGAGUUGCGACGGGCCUUCCGCCGGCUCGAGCCCGAGAACAUGUUCCGCGCUCCCAGGGUGGACGGGGAGCCGAUAUGGGCCUACUGGGGGGACGGCAAAGGGGGAAGAGGAGAAGGCGGUCACGCCCAUGGCCAGCCUCAGCCGCCACUACCCCCAGGGAAACGCGCGAGCACGAAGGAUGGGUUUGUUCUGGUGCCGGCGAAAGAACUGACGGAACUAAGGGCCAUCGAGGGCGUGCUGAGGAAAGAGCGAGGCGUCCUAAACGCACACUGUCUUGUCGAGUUCAACGAGGGCGAGGCCGAGUUGAAGAGCCAGGCGAUGGAAGCAGCGGCGAUGUUCGCCGAGGAAAGGGAGCAACGCCUCAAGGAAAGGUUCUUGGAGGCGUGGGAGAGGCGGCACGACUACGACCUCUACUGCGUUUUGGCGGGACAGUUCUGGCCGCUCGAGGCACAGGCUUUCCGCGCUUGCUCGCGCCCGGGUAGGAAGCUGUUCCUGGAGAUCGAGGCUCCCGCGAGGGUUAUCAUGAGGAUGUGGAGGACCUACUGGCCGUUUCGCAAGGAUCGCAAGCGGAAGGGGUGCCUCGGAUUUCAGUCCCUCUGGAGGGGCUACCGCGUGCGGAAGCGGUGGCACCCGGUCAUCCGCCUACGCGUUCGUCACGGCCGCCGGUCCAUCAUUCGCCCCUGCUUCUCCUCCUGGGCCAGGCUGGCGCGGGUACAAUCUUGGGCGCGGCGACGGUUCGAGGAGAUCGAGGGCCGUUGGGAGCGGUCCUGCUUCCACGCCUGGGCGGAGUGGACGGCCAACCUGGCCGCCGAGAGGCAGCGGAAGCUGGAGCGCGCCGGGAGGACCCUGAGGAACAUCGCCGCCUACCGGUCGUUCCGCUCCUGGAAGGCGGUCCGUUCGGUCGGUGUAGCGGUGGCUCUGGUACGCCUGGACUUUGAAGCGUCGUUUCGCUGUACAAGCCAGUCGUACACCAGGACAGCACGCCAGGCGCAUCGCCUGUACGCCCGUGCCGUGGGGGGUACGUCGAUGGCCGCCUGGGUUCAGUAUGUGGGCAUGGCGAAGAGGCAGAGGAGGCAGAAGAGUGCGGCCGUCACUAUACAGCGGCAUGCGAGGGGCUACCUGGCGAGAGGUCGAUAUCGGGCCACCCAGACGAUAAUCCGCGGCUUCAACCGCCUCAUGGCCGCGCGGCGAGCCCGACAGUUUCUCCGCCAGGCGCUGGCCGCCGCCCACCGCAUGGCAACAGAGGAGCUCCUCCAAUCCGGGUGCGAUGCCGAGAUCACCGUCGGGAUCGCGAGAGAAGAGAAACGCCUCGCCAAGCUGCAGAAGGAGAUCAAGGCCGCAGACGCGGCCGUCCGGCGGGCGGUCACCAAGAGGCUGACCGGCGGCUGGCUGACGAUCCGUCCCGCUUUCCGCGGCGGGGGCGAGCUCCGGCGAGAGGCGAGGGCGGUUCAGGAGGAGUGGAAGGCGCUAGAAGCCGCCCAGAUUGCUGCUGCAACCACCACCGCCCCGGGAACGACCCUGGCGAAUGCCUCGGUGGAAAGGGAUUCAAAAGACGACGGUGGCGGUGGUGGUGGGCUGGGCGGAACGUUGCCGAAAACUGUCUUCCCGGGACUUCUACUGAGGAAGGGGAAGCCGAAAGACAUAACACGUGCCGCGCGGCCUGACGGUGGUGGUGAUGGUGGCGGCGGCGGUAGCAACAGCCGUCCGACAACCGAGGCCGAGAAGAAAGCGGCUCCUGCCAGUGGAGGAGUGAGAGGGGGACGAACGGGAGGAGCGCAAGCCCCGGCCAAGGCAUGCGUCCCUCCUUCUUCUCGCGGAGGAACGGCGGAGGCGGAACGGGAGGCCUGGCGGAGGAUACUGGCCAGGGAGAAGCUCCUCGCGAGAGAGAUCAUCGUGCACGACUUCGACGUGCGCAACCCGCCCCCGCUCACGUGCUGCGCGCCGGGCUGCGGCCGCACCUUUACCCAGGACGAGCACUACCUGGCCCACUGGGACGCUGGUGCCGCCGCCGCCGCCGCGAGGAAGUUGCUGGUACGAGACGAUCCCGACGCUCUCUUGUCUCGCCCGUCCUCGCCACCCUUUUCCGGGACUCCGCAGCGACAAGACCGCGGCUGCCAGAAAUCGCCAUUGAGGCCGACAAUGCCGACAGACGACCAGCAAUCGGUAGCGCCGUCCAUCGGUAGUAUCACGGGUUCGACAUCAACGGUGGCCUGGCAGCAGCAGCAGCUCCGCGCCCCAGCGGAGCAACAGCAGCUCCGCCACGGCUUUCCUGCCGCGGAGGAAGCGGAAGCGGAAGCGGAAGCCGGGCACUCGGAGCGGGGGGGGAAGGGAAUAGCGUCGUUCCACCUGGUCGUCGCCGACAAGGCCGACAUCAGAAGAGGCGGUGGAGGCGGUGGCGGCGGCGGCGGUGGCGGUUCGGAAAUAGCGAACCACGAAGAAGCCGGCGCCGGGUUCGACCUCGUCUCCGCGUACGUCACCCGGGUCUGGGGCCACGGGCAGGCGUACAACACCCUCCUCUUCAUCGACGCGGUAGACGCCUGGCGCCGCUGCUGUCCCGUCGCGGACCCGGCCUUUGCAGAGGGCGCGGCCGAGCUGCGGCGGGAGUUCCUGUGCCCGGGGGCGCCCCGGGAGGCCAGCCUUCCGGCGGAGACACGGCGAGACCUCAUGCGCACGCUGGACACCCUGCCCGACGACGUCCUCGAUGGCACGGCGGGAGGGUGGGACGAUGGUGAUGAGAGUGGCGACGAUGACGCCGGGGGUGGUGAAGAAGUCGGUGGUGACGGGCGGGCGCCCGAUGCGGAGCUGCCCUUCGCGGAUGAGAAACGUCCGAGGGAGACGAGGGUCGACCUCGACCUCAGCGACGGAGAUGAAGGCGGCAGAAGAAGUAUCAGGACGGCCGGCAACGCUGCGACCCGCGACAUCAGCGGUGGCAGUGGUGGCCCAAGAGCGAUCGCAAAGAGCAAGGCUCAGACCAAAUUCUCUCGCAACAAGAUCGCGCGGCCGUCGGCGACGCUUCAGCCGCAACAGCAACGCAGACCGGUGUCGGCUCCGGGAGGGGCGGCACCAUCAGCAACAGCCUCUUCCGCUGCCUCCGCCGCCGCUGCAGCAGCGGCGGCGGCGGUGGCAGCAGCAGCGAGGAACCCGCACGGUCUGCGGCCUACCUCGUUCGACGAGGCGCAGUUUCAGGCUCUAGCGCACCUGUCUCGGGUGGUCGGGCCCGGGUUCUGGGCGUCCGACCUGGGUCGGCUCGCCGCCUCGCUGCACCAACAGGAGCUCAAGAGGAGACGGGAGGCCGCUCGCGAGAUCGUGCGGCUGGAGCGGAGGGGUCGUCUAGCCAACGAGGCGGCAGAGGCUCUCCUCCGCAGCGCGGUCGCUGGGGCGGAGGUUUUGGAGACACAAGAGUUGGAGGUGGCCCGGGAGGAGGACAUGGUCGCGGAAGCGGCCACGGUCGAGGCGGUUUGGGUCGUGGAGCCCCCCUUGCUGGAGAACCUGCUCGAUCUGGAGAUUGAUGCUCUUAUCUCGGAGGGGGAAGAACGAGAGUUCAUGUCCAUCGAGGAUGACUGGGUCCCGCCGGAGGUCCGCCUGGCCGACUUCCGCAACGGCCUGAGCACGGCCAUGGCCUGCGUGAUCGACUUCAACUCCAUCCCGGGGGGGGAGGAAGGGGCCCACCGGGCCGCCACCACCAUCCAGCUCGCGUGGCGGCAGAGGUCGGCGAGGGUGGAGGCGAGGCGCCGGCUGGCCCAGGUGUACGUGAAGCGGGCCGGGGCCGGGCCCGGCGAGGUGUUCUACGAGAACACGGUGACGGGGGAGUCCCAGUGGGAGAGGCCGCUCAUCGCGUACCGAUUGUUCCCGUACAGUAAUUGGUGA